AUGGGGUCGAAUUUCGAUCCUGACGCCAUUCGGGUAUUCCUCCGUGACUACCGCAACGGAGGAUCCGAUGACGCCGAAAGCCGGUAUUUUGGCUAUGAUACACCACGUUGGGCAAAACCAGUGAUCGGAGACGCUCUGUUGGACGAUAAGUCGUACUACUCGGAUCUGGACGGCGGUGCCGACGGCCAGUCGGAAUACACAACGGCGUCGACCGUUACAUCGCGACCGUACACCAUGCGAUCCAACGUGUCAUCCUCCCUCUUCAGCACCCGCAGUCGGCGUGGGAACGACAGGCAAAGCUCGGUGGGGCAGAGCUCGGCCCCGUCGGUGGGCUUCGCGCGGCAGACGUUCGAGCAGCAAUUCGCGGCCGGCGGCGGCCCCGCCACGGCCUGGUCCUCGCUAUGGUGCGAGUUCUCGGGGCUGAUGAAUUGUCCCGACACGUUCCGGCUCGACGACGAGCGGGGCUGGAUCAAUCACCAUGUCAAUCACAUGGGCGAUACGUUCCCGCAGCAGCUGUGGUGCUGGUUCUGCGACCAUGUGCCCUUUGUCGCCGCCCACCCGCGCGAUGGCUUCGCCAACUUUGAGCAGCGCAUGCAGCACAUCCGCGAGCACAUUCUAAGCGACCACCGCCUGACGAGCGAUAACAUGCGGCCCGACUUUUACGUUGUUGAGCACCUGCAUCGCCACGGCCAGCUUGACGACGCCAUGUACAACAUUGCCAUGGUGUUUGACGAGACGCCCGACGCGUACCGCCUUCAACCGGACUUUGCGGGACCACUCGGCCCGCGAACUGCCCCGCCGCCGCGCGAGACGGGGCACUGGCAGUACCAUGAUCUGGAUAAGGAAAGGCGCAAGAACAGAGACCGGGACAGGGAAAGAAACGGACAGCAUGGAAAUCACGCCAGGAAGGCGAACAGACGGAGAUGA